CGUGCAAGACUUUCUAGUGUCUUGACCGGCCUUGCUAGGACUACCGGCAAUCAAAUCGACCAGAGCUAAGCCGGACAGUCUCUCAGCUCCGUUCAACAACCUGUUGCUAUCUGGCGCCACGUGUUCGUUGCUGCGCGAUAUAUCGUCUAGCUAGAAUGUCAGUCUUGAACGUACUAUUACCAGAAAGAUCAUGAUAUGAUAUAAAGAGUAUAAGAAGUCACAUAGAAAUUGUAUAUAUACAUAUAUAUACACGCUACGUAUUUAUAAUUUACAUGUCACCGACAUCGAUGUCAGAUUUCGGUGACUUCUCAAAGUGAUAGCAUGGCAAUUGUACAGAUAUAUUUCGGAGAGUAAAAGAUUGUGGAGAUAAUACGUUAAUUAUUAUAAAGUACUGUUUUGUGAUUGAUAUUGAAUUUUAUCGUACAAGAUACGUAAAAACAAAAAUUGGCAUGGAAUUCCUAAAAUUAUUAUUAAGCAUCGAUAUAAUUAUCGCUGCAAUGGCUAUCUCACAUAAAAUUUUGCCAACUAAGACACAAACUGCAGUUGAUUAUGAUUUAUCGAAUAAUGUAAAACCGAUACAUUAUAAUAUCAAAUUAAUAUUACCCAUCAAAGAAGAUAUAUUCCGCGGUGAAUCAAAUAUCAGCAUCGAGAUUUAUGAGAAAACGCAACACAUAAAACUGCAUUCAGUAAACUUGAUUAUUAUCAAACCCACAUUGAUUAAAAAUAUACAAAAAUCUGAGAAUAAUAUCGAAAAUUUGGUUUACAAACCAAUAAGAUAUUCAUAUGUUCAUAAGACGAACACUUACAUUAUGCAUUUUAGCGAUAUAAUAUUACCUGGAAAUUAUUCUUUAAAAAUGAAUUUCCUUGGUAAAGUAUCUAAUGAUACCGAAGGCAUCUUUAGAACUUCCUAUAAAAAUGAACAAGGAAACACAAUAUGGUUAUUUGCAACAUAUCUGCGGACAACUGGUGCGCGAUAUUUAUUUCCAUGUUGGGAUGAGCCGAAAUUAAAGGCUGAAUUCACGAUUUCCGUGAAACAUCCUCAAAAGUACUCGGCUUUGUCAAAUAUGCCGAUACGAGAAAAACACAACGCUGAAAAUAACAUGAUAUGGACACAUUUUAUUACCACUCCUCCAAUGCCUUCUCAUUUCAUAGCGAUCGCGAUAAUCGGUUAUAAUAAUGAUUACAUCUUAAGUCAUGAAAUUGAUAAGAAUAUUGUUUUCGAUAAAUUCAAUGUCACAGUAUGGUUCAGAGAAGAAAUACAAUAUAAAAAAUUUAUAUGCAAAUUACUUCAACGUUUCAUUGAAUAUUUGGAACAUGAUUGGAAUAUGCUAAGUUUGAAAAUAAUUCCGAAAGUAGAUUAUGUUACAAUUCCGGAUUUCCCGGAACAAGCUAUAGCAACUUGGGGACUCGUCCUUUAUAGAGAAGCAGAUUUUUUCUAUGAACCACGCGAGGAAAAGAGCCAAUUAAACUUGGAGUCUUUAAUAACAUACAACAUAUUAGAUGAAUCUCUUAGUGAUGUGCCAUCUUGGUUGAAGGAAGGACUUGCUAGUUUUGUUAUCGCAGAUAUCAUUGAUAAGACGAUGGGAACAAAUGUUCGGAAAAUGGAAUGGUUCAUAGUCCAAAAUCAACAUGAAUCUCUCCGUUUAAAUUUUUAUUUCAAUAAGAAUCUUUUACAAACCAGCAGGUCACUUGAUGUUAAUUCGCUUCCUUCUUUUCUUCGUUAUAAUAAAGCAUUUUCUGUAUUGCGUAUGCUGCAACAUUUAAUUACUGAUGAGGCAUUUCUACUAGGCACGAAGAAAUAUUUACAGAAUAGAAAUUUAUCGAUCUCAUCUGAAUUAUUUUGGACAUCUAUGCAAAGUGCGCUUAAGAUGAACGAAAAUAAGACUAACUUAGUAGAAAAAAUGAAUGGUUGGACAAAAGAUAACAGUUAUCCUAUACUAAAAGCAACAUGCAAUUUUGCCGAUUAUGUAGAGAUGACACUAGAAAAUUUCGACUCAAUCGAUGUUUCAACCAAUGAUUUAUGGAUACCUAUAACCCAUACUAUACAGACAAAUCCCGAUUUUGACAAGACUUCGCUUCAUGAUGUCCAAUGGGUAACAUUUUCCAAAGACUUAAAAAUAAGUUUUCGCGUAUCUGGAAAUUUCAACGAAAAUGAUUGGUUUAUUAUCAAUUUACAACAAGUUGGAUACUAUCGUGUCAAUUAUGAUACUAAAAACUGGAAAAAAAUUGCAAAAUAUUUAAAUUCUACGGAAUAUACAAAAAUACAUGUUCUCAAUCGUGCUCAAAUCAUCGAUGACGCGUAUCAUUUCUUAAUAACUAGAAAAAUCAAUUCUUCUGUGUUUUGGGAAAUCACUAAUUAUCUAUCACAAGAGACAAAUUUUAUAGCAUGGUAUCCUAUGAUCAAAGCUCUUGAACACAUGUCGAGUGUUUUGCCACUGUCAGAUAAAAGAGUUUAUGAUAUCAAGGAAAAAAUGCAGAUAACGUUGAACGGGCUUCUUCAGAAUAUAAAAUACAUCGAGGAAUUUGAAACUUAUCUUAAUUUAACUUAUCUUAAUUGUUUAAGACAAGAAGCCACAAAAUGGGCAUGUAUUUUCGAUGAAUCUAACUGCAAGAUAGUAGCGGGUUCAAAACUGCAACAACAUCUCACAAAUCGUACAACAAAUAAACUUCUGCCAGGGUGGAAAGAAUGGACAUAUUGUAAUGGUUUGGCAAUGUCGGGUAUUAAUAUUUGGAACAAUGUAUUUGAUAUAUACAUAAAUGAAACUGAUAACAGAUAUCUAAGAUUUCUGGCUUGCUCUGAAAAUAUUGCUAUCAUUCAAAAAUAUACGACGCUAAUAACAUUGGAAAAUUGUAAAGGAAUAAUGAAAAAUAAGAACUGUCUUAACAGUUUUCAUUUUAUUAUUGCCAAGCAUGCAAAGAAUAGCCUAAUGCUUGAUUAUAUAUUAGCAUAUUUUGAGAGAAUAGUGCCAAGACAAGCCACGGUUGCAAUAUUAAUUGAUAUUAUUAAUCAUGUGUAUUCUACGGAACAACUUAAUAAGGUACAUCAAUUCACGAAAAAAUAUUCGAAAGAACUAAUUUGGAAAGUUGAACAUAAAAUUAAAAUACGUUCAUCUGAAAUCAAAAAUCAGAUGAAUCAGCUUAAGCUAAUAUCGAGAACAAAAAUUGGCAUGGCGUUAUUAAAAUUGCUAUUAAGUCUUAGUAUAAUCAUCGUCGUAAUAGCUGUCUCUAUAAAUAAAAAUAAGAAAAAAAACUUGUCUGCUAUUAAUUACCGUUUAUCAAAUAAUGUAAAACCGAUACAUUAUAACAUUGAGCUUAUACUAAAUAUUGAAGAAGGUAUAUAUCGCGGUAAAUCAAACAUCAACAUCACAAUUAAUAAAGAAAUACAGUACAUAGAAUUGCAUUCAUCGAACUUGGCUAUUACCGAAAGUACAUUGAUUAAUGAAGAUGUACGAGAGUCUAAGAACGAAAAAUUUGUCUAUAAACCAACGCAGUAUUCAUAUAUUCAGGAGAUAAAUCUUGUCCUUAUUCACUUUAGUAAUAAAUUAUUGCCCGGAAAUUAUACCUUAAACAUAGAAUUCUUCGCUGAAACAAUUGAUAAUGUCGAAGGUGUCUUUAGAACUUCCUACACCAAUAAAAAUGGAGAUAAAAUGUGGUUGAUCGCAACACAUAUGGAGGCAACUGGAACACGGCAAUUAUUUCCAUGUUGGGACGAACCGGAAUUAAAGGCUCGCUUUACCAUUUCCGUAAAGCAUUCGAUGAAGUAUAAAGUUUUGUCAAAUAUGCCGGUGCAAGAGAAGCAAAUAGUUGAAAGUAACAUGAUGUGGACACACUUUAAUACCACCCCUAUAAUGUCUUCUAAUCUCGUGGCGAUAGUGGCGAUAGAUUUUACGAGCACGUCCGACGAUGGGAAGGUUAAAAUAUGGCAUAGAGAAAAAGCAUCACGUGCAUUGUAUACAUAUAUUUUUACUGAUUUAAUCACGACAAUUUUGGAAAAUGAAUGGUGUACGAUAACUUUGAAAACGGUUCCAAAGGUGGAUUAUGUUGCAAUCCCAGAUUUCCCAGAAGAGGCUGUAGUAACUUGGGGACUCGUUCUUUAUAGAGAAACAAAUAUCAACGAUAAACUAUCAUUAUUAGACAUGACACAUGAAAAAAUGGAGGCGUCACGUUUAAUAGCAUAUAAUGUGGCACAGGAAUCUCUCAAAAAUAUAUCAUCUUGGUUAAAUAAGGGGCUUGCUCGAUUCUUAGAAAUCUAUGCCAUUCAUAAGAAUUUUCAAUUUUAUCAAAUGAUGGAUAUGCUAGUGGUCCAAUUACAACACGAAUCUUUCCGUUUAAACUCCUAUUUCAAUGAAAGUACCGUACAAAUCACCAAUUCUAAAAUCAAUUCUCUUUCCUUUUCUUUGCAAUACAAAGCAUUCUCUAUAUUGCGUAUGUUGCAAUAUCUACUUACUGAGAAGGUGUUUCAAGAUGGUAUCAAAAAGUAUUUACAUACGAAUGCGUGCAUUCGUCAGACAACACUUAACGAUUUUUGGAUCGCUAUGCAAGAUGCUCUUGAUAAAUCGUAUUAUGAUCUCGAAGAUAAUUUAAUGAAAAGAAUGAAUGGUUGGAUGAAACUUAAAAGUUAUCCUAUAAUAACAAUAAUGCGCUAUUAUAGUCAUACAAAUAUACAGCUAGAAAAUAUUGCAAUCGAUAAUGAUUUAUGGGUACCUAUAACUUACACUACACAGGACGAGCUUAAUUUUAACAAUACUUCGCUUUAUAAUGUCGAAUGGUUACAAUUUACGCCGGAAAAAUCAUAUGUUGAAAUAUCUGAAAAUGCCAGAGAAACUGGUUGGAUUAUAUUGAAUUUACAGCAAGCUGGAUACUAUCGUGUCAAUUAUGAUAUUCAUAAUUGGAAAACAAUUAUAACGUACCUAAACUCUAUGGAAUAUACAAAUAUUCAUGUUCUCAAUCGAGCUCAAAUCAUCGAUGACGCGUAUUAUUUCCUAACGAUUAAGCGAUUCGAUUCUUCUCUAUUUUGGCAACUUACGAAAUAUUUGUCACGAGAGACUGAUUAUGUAGCAUGGUAUCCUAUGAUCAAAGCGCUUGAGCACAUGUCGAAAGUUUUUCCGAUAUCAGAUGGAAGAGUUUAUAAUAUCAAGAUAAAUAUAAAGGAGAUACUGAACAACCUUCUUCGGAACAUAGGAUACGAAGAAUCUAAUAAAAAUUAUCUUACUAAUUGUCUAAAACAAGAAGCCGCAAAAUGGGCAUGUGUUCUUGAUGAACCCGAAUGCAAAACAAUAGCAGGUUCAAAACUGCAACAGCAUCUCGCAAAUCGUACAACAAAUAAACUUCUGCCAUGGUGGAAAGAAUGGACAUAUUGCAAUGGUUUGAUGACGGAUAAUAGUAUUUGGAAUGAUGUAUUUGAUAUAUACAUAAAAGAAUCUGAUAAUAAAUAUCUAAAAUUUCUGGCUUGCUCUGGAAAUAUUGCUAUCAUUCAAAACUAUACGUUGCUAAUGGCAAUGAAAGAUGAUAAUAUAACAACAAAAAAUAGGGAUCAUAUUAACAGUUUUCAUUUUAUUAUUGCCAAACAUGCCAAGAAUGAGAUAAUGCUUGAUUAUAUAUUAGCGAAUUUUGAGAAAAUAAGACCAAGACAAUCCACUACAAACGCAAUAUUAGUUGAUCUUAUAAAUAAUGUGUAUACUAGGAAACAACUUGAUAAGAUACUCCAAUUUGCAGAAAGUCACGAAAAAAAUUCAUUUUUAACGUUUUGUGUUGAAGAAAAGAUAAAAAAACGCUUAAAUGAAAUCGAAAACCAGACUAAGUAUCUUGUAAACCUUUCAGAUUUAAAAGUAAGCAGAGGAAUGUAUUGAGAACGAGAUGACGAAGUAACUCAGUGACAGAUUAGCUGCUUAUUAAGAAGAUUCUAAAUCCUAAUCGCGAGAACGCCGUUUUUUCCCUCUGCUCAUGAAGGGCAUAAUAAUAAAU